UGCUCCACUUAAAUAGGAAAAGAUUCCAAUUUAUACUUUCCUCUUAAUUAAAAAUUUGCAUGGGAACACUGUGACUGCUUAUUAAUUUUAAGCAGAAAUUAAGCAGAAAUUUGCACUUAACCAGUCGCAUGGGGACAUGGGGUAAGAGGUUAAGAAAAUUCCUGCGAUGAUGGUUUUGGGUUUUCGACUACACACUACUUAAGACCUGGUCUCAUCUAUAGGUCGCAGUAGGGCGCUCAGGUGUGUGUUUUCAGCUAGAGAAGCGGAGCAGCGGGCGCAGGAGAGCGACGAGGAAGAUCAAUGGCUCGUGGAUUGAAGAAACAUUUGAAGAGGCUCAAUGCCCCUAAGCAUUGGAUGCUCGACAAACUUGGUGGUGCUUUUGCACCCAAACCCUCAGCUGGUCCUCACAAGGGAAGAGAAUGCCUUCCUCUUGUGGUUCUUCUGAGGAAUAGGUUGAAAUAUGCCCUAACAUACCGUGAAGUUAUUGCUAUUGUAAUGCAACGCCUCAUUGCUGUUGAUGGAAAAGUCAGAACUGAUAAAUGCUACCCUGCAGGAUUCAUGGAUGUUGUGUCUAUUGCAAAGACGAAUGAGAACUUCAGGCUUCUCUAUGAUGCUAAAGGUCGUUUCCGCUUACAUUCAAUCAAGGAGGAGGAAGCAAAGUAUAAACUUUGCAAAGUUCGUGGAGUCCAGUUUGGUGAUAAGGGUAUCCCUUAUCUUAAUACUUAUGAUGGGCGUACCAUUAGGUACCCAGAUCCAUUAAUCAAGGCCAAUGAUACCAUCAAAAUUGAUCUGGAAACAUGCAAGAUCACAGAAUUUAUUAAGUUCGAUGUUGGUAAUGUUGUCAUGGUUACUGGAGGUCGUAAUAGAGGCCGUGUUGGAGUAAUUAAGAACAGGGAAAAGCAUAAGGGUAGCUUUGAGAUUAUUCAUGUUCAGGAUUCUGCUGGGCAUGAAUUUGCAACACGACAAGGUAAUGUGUUCACCAUUGGAAAGGGCACAAAGCCUUGGGUGUCUUUACCAAAGGGCAAAGGUGUCAAGCUGUCUAUCACUGAAGAGGCCAAGAAACGGAAUGCAGCUCAAACUGCUGCAGCUUAAUUUUGGGACCUGGAAAAUAUAAUUUUCUUUAAUGGUUACACUUUGGUGACUUAGUAUGAGAUCUAGAAUGUAGUGUAGUUCUAUGUUAAAUUUUGAGGCCUUUGCUGAAAAUCUGGCAUUUUACUUUUUCCAACAUUGGUUUAUAUUUUCUGUAAACAUGCCACAUAAACAAUUUUUCCAAAACGUGCCAUGGCUUUUGCAUAAAAAGAUGCGUGAAGAUUUUAUAA